AUGAUCUCCGUAGGUGGAGUCAUUGGGACAGGAUUAUUUCUUGGAUCUGGAACCGCUCUCUACCAUGGCGGCCCCAUCGGCGCUCUCUUGGCCUACGGAAUUAUCGGGUCAGUAGUAUACUGCCUAUGUGUUUCCAUAGGAGAAAUGAUAGCUUUCCUUCCAAAUGUCGGCGGGGUCGUUGGUCUUGCAGACCUUUACGUCGAUCCUGCCCUAGGCUUCUCGCUCGGUUGGGCGGCUUGGUAUAAUUGGAGCGUUACCUUGCCUGCAGAAAUUACAGCAGCAGCGGUUCUAGUCAGCUUUUGGGAAACCAAAUACAUAAUGCCAGUCCCCGCGAUGAUAGGGAUCUUUCUCGGCCUUGCAAUAGGUAUUAAUUGCUUCUCGUCUCGUGUGUACGGCGAGAUGGAGUUCUGGCUUUCAACUUUCAAAGUCCUCACCAUCGUUCUCCUCAUUUUGGUCAAUCUGAUCAUCGAUCUCGGAGCUGGAUCCGAAGGGUUCAUCGGCCUCAAGAACUGGCAACAUCCAUUUGCGCCCUCUUAUCUCGGAAUCACUGGACCCAAAGGCCGAUUUCUCGGGUUCUGGUCAGUGCUGAUGCAAGCAAUGUUCUCGUUCUUUGGCUCAGAAGUGCCGGGAAUUGCAGCGGGCGAGGUCAUCGAUGCGACUCGAAACGUACCUCGUGCACUACGCCGGGUGUGGAUCAGAAUUCUCUUAUUUUACGUCGGAGGCAUCUUCUGCGUAGGUCUCCUCGUGCCCCAGUCAGACCCGCGAUUGCAGGGCGACGAGAAUACGACAUACUCGUCGCCAUUCGUUAUCGCCCUCAAUCUCGCUGGGGUAAAAGUGGUACCACAGGUUGUCAAUGCCGCACUUCUGCUAUCUGCUUGGUCUGCUGCCUGUUCGGACAUCUAUAUCAGCAGCCGUUUUUUGUUCUUCCUCGCUCGCUGCAAACAUGCUCCUAAAUUUCUAGCGACACUCAUCCGCCACCCAUACCAUCAGCCAGCGGUGACAGGCGAUGAAACUGCUGAUUCUUCAGAUGAGGAGGAAGACGAUGAUGACAGGAGCCACACAGAUGCAGUGGAACCCCCGCAGAUCUCGCCUGCGACUGCGGACAAUCCUCAGGAACGGCCACCUUUAGAAAGUCAUCUAUUACCUGCCAAUUCACCUGCUGCUCCUCAGAGGCAACCAUUCCUCGUCCUACCUAUUGCUGCUGUACUUGUAUCAUCUUCGAUGGGGCUUCUCGGGUUUUUGAGUAGUAGCGGUAGUAGUGCGACUACGGCAUUCGGAUGGCUCACAGCGGUAACCAGCGUUGCAUCUCUGCAAUCCUGGAUUGGUAUGCUGUUCACCUACAUACGCUGGUACCGCGGGACAGCUUAUGCCGAGAGCCGCCAUCAGCAUCGUGACGAUGACGUAUCCCGCCAUACAAUGCAACAGAUUGCGGUGAUAAAGGAGAAUAGACAUUCAGGACAACCAUACCUUGCCUGGUAUGCUUUUAUCAUAUGCCUUUUGGUGCUGUUCACAAAUGGGUGGGCUGUCUUUGUGCACAAUGGCUGGAAAAUCGCCGAGAUCGAGGGAGACUCACCACCCUCUGGGCCAGCCAGUGACCGAGAGGCUAGUCCCGUCUCGUUGUUCCUUUCAUCUUACGUCCCUAUACCGAUAUUCCUCCUCCUAACAUUCGGAUACAAGCUCAUAUAUCAAACGGAAAUGAUUCCGCUCGACAAGAUGGUGUUUGACCGGAAGGAUGUGCCCAGGAUUGAACCCGAGGAUCCACCGAGAAAUCUUUGGGAGAAGUUAGUUGCGCUGAUAAUCUAA